AUGGCUGAUAAAGGAGAACAUUUCCCGGGCAGCCAGCAGCCUGGUGACACCAAGAACACCGCCGAGAGACUGUCUGAGAGCACGAAGUCCGGAUCCGAGGGCGCCAAGCAGAAGGCCCAGGGAGUCAUGGACCAAGCCAAGGAGACCGCUAGCAAAGCGACCGAGUCGAUGUCCAAGUCCAUGGGAAUGGGUGGUGGUAAGUGA